AUUUACUGUAAAAUAAAAAGUAAAGGUGGCGCUAAAUAAUUAACUGUCAUUGUGAUGUUGAUACUUAAAUAAUCGUAAUUAAAAAAUGUUGCAAUUACUAUUAAAUUCCGGGUCAAUUCUUAACAUUAAUUAUUUUGAUCAAUCUGUAGUUAAAAAGAUCAACAAUUCUAGUGAUAGUAAUUUAAUUACUGCAAUAAUAAAAUUUAGUAAAUUACGAAAUAAAAGUAAUGAAACCCAACCACCAAAAUUGAACACUGAUGAUCGCAAUCAUUUAGCAGUAAAUAACAAAUCCCAUAAAAUUUGUUGCAUUGAAUAUGUUUGCCAUGAGUGUCAUAAAUUAUUCAUAUCAGCAGAAAAGUAUAAUGAACAUGUGCUGAUCAAUCAUAAAAAUAGAAAGUGUCUGAAAUCUGAUGGAUUUAACAAGGAAGCCAAUAAAAAGUUAAAUUUCCAGAAUCCUCUAGAGGAAAAAAAAAUCUACAAACACCCAUGUCCACAUUGUACACACACAAGUAAAACAAUGAGUGCUCUAAAAAUGCAUUUGACCUCUCAUUCUGAUGAGCGCCCUUACCAAUGUCCGCAUUGUAACCAUACUUUUAAGAUUAAAUACCAUUUGAAGUAUCACUUGCGUAUCCACUCUAGUUACCGGCCUUACAAAUGCCCGAAUUGCGCUUAUGAGAGCGUACGACUCUGUGAUUUAAAAUGUCAUCUUCGUGUUCAUACGAGCGAGAAAAAUAAAAUUUAUACACUUGAGUGUUUAUUUUGUCCUGAAAAAUUUUCAGACCGUUAUAGUUUGAUGCUUCAUAAAAAAGUACACAAAAAAGGAAGACGUUAUUAUUGUACUGAAUGUUCUUAUUCAGUAUCUCAAGCAAAUAACGCUAAGAAUCAUUUUGAAAAAAAGCACAUUGGAGAACGUAAAUAGCAUUCAUUUUAUCACAAGAGUUACAGGCUUUAGUAUUCAUUUUUGAUAUUUUUCUUUGGUAUUUAAGUAUAUAAUUUUAAUAAUUUUAUAAUUAAUAUUGUA